AAGCGUCAUAGAGUUAUCCUAGUGUCAUGAAAAGGUUGUAGAUGUGUCAGUAUUAAUGUGAAAAUAAAACUCAUAGUUUGACUGUAAAUUAUUUAUUACAAUUCCAUUUUGUGUUGACCCUAGCUGGAUGCCAAGCAGCCACCAAAGCUUGCUCACCUCUGCAGCUGGACAGGGAAGAGAAAAUAUAAUGAAGGGCUUAUGGGUUGAGAUAAGGACCAGGAGAGAUCACUCAUGAAAUAUCAUCAUGGGCUAAGCAGGCUCUAAUUAGAUAAUGUAAAAAAUUUGUCUAAAUUCAAUUAGAUGAAUUGAAUUUAUCACUAAAAAAAAAUGAGAGCAGGCUGAGAAGUAAAAGAAGAUCUUAAAAACACCUUUCCCACAUCUGUCUCUCCUCAGCUCUGCCUCCUCCCCCAGUGGCACACAGACAGGGAAUGGAGUUUAUGCUCAGCUCCUCACACCUUGUUCCUGCUCAUGGAGAGGAAUGUUCCCCCUGCUCCAACAUACGGGAUCCCUCCCAUGGGAGACAGUUCUCCAUGAACUUCUCCAACAUGAGUCCAUGCCAUAGGCAGCGCUCUCUGUGAACUGCUGCAGUGUGGGUGACUCUUCCAUGGGGUGCAGUCCUCCAAAGACAGGCUGCUGCAGUGUGGGUCUCCCAUGGUGUCACAAGUCCUACCAGGAAAGCUGCUGCAGCAUGGGCUCCUCUCUUCACAGGUCUGCAGGUCCCCACUCUGGUGUGAGCUUCCCAUGAGGUCACAGCCCCUCUCAGACAUCCACGUGCUCCAAAAUGGGACUAAACUUACUUUCCCAGGAUUGUUUUUUCUUUCAGCUGAGUUACAUUCACCUACUGGAAGUACAGGUGGUGAAAUUGCCGUAUCAGACUGGUAUAUCAAUUGUAAAGAUUUUUUUAUAUCACAGCCUCUAUAUACCAGUAAUAUUUAAAGACGAUAAGAACUGUUAAAUCUCUUGAUCUAAGGUAAGCAGAAUUUGAGCAAAUAGUUUUUGUAUCCAAAUUCGUUAAAUUUACAAACUCUUGAGUUUUUUAGAUUAAUUUUAUUAUGGACAGGUAUGGUGUUAGUCAUCUUGGAAAAUAAUGUGAUUGUGGAAUUUAAUUUAAGAAGAAACUACAGAAAGCAACUCCAAUGUAUCUACAACUGUGUGAGGCUGGAUACUGGUGGUUCUGCUUUCUUGGAACUACUUUUGCUAUAUUUAUAUUGAAAUAGAAAUAUGAAAGGCUAUUUUUAAAGUAAAAUUCAAUGUAGUCCUUAAAAAAAUUAUGCCCUGUUGCAGAAAAAUUGUUGUCUAUGUGAAAGGAAAUACCAAAGACCAAACUCAUAAUGGAUGUCAGGAUAAGUUGAGAAAUAGGUAGGUUAGAUGGAUCUCAGUAUGUCAGUUCAUAGAACCUGAACCUUUGGGGAUGUGUGUUUUGGUUUUGAUGGGACUUUGACAAAAGCAAAUGCAAUCAGUUUUUACCUAAAAUUGAAGAGUUUUAUGAUUGGGUGAACUGCUACCACAUGUGCAUAGUUAUGUACAAAUUUAUGUCAGAAGCACUUCAGUCUCUCACAUCCUAAGGCUGUGUGAAGCAUGCAGGAGUGCAGGGAUGGUCACCCUUUCCUGUCCAGUGAACACUGGUUACAAUUAUGAGAAUAACUCCCAAAAAUGGUCUUCAACCUGCAUAGAGAGCUCCAUGACUACAUCCACCUGGCCCCAGGCACCCCAUCCAAGCUGUGAUACCUCUGUGUGUCUGUAUUCAUGUGCUUAUGGCAUGGCUUUUCGAAAGUUGUCUGGUGCAGCGGAACUACCUUUUGUCUGAUGUGUGCGCUUGAGCGGGCUGAUUGCUCCUGGCACAUACGGCUAGCCACUAGUGAAGACGUGCGGGGGAUUGGAUGGGUAAAGGAUGAUCCCGUUCAGUGCCUAGCCACUGGCAAGAAAUGUAGUGUAUUUAGUGCUUGGUUUCUCUGAAAACAAACUCCUAAAGCUGCUCCACAGCUCUGCCCCUUCGCGCGGCGGUGUCCUGGCAGCAGCGGCGUGCUGCGCUGGUGUGCCCGCAGGGGUGCGUUUGUCCCGGCUGCGGGUGCUGUCGUCCUGGGAACCGGUUUCUCAGGCAGCCGGGACACCUCCCUCGGCACAGCGGCCUGCAGCCCUUUCCUUUGGCUGAGGAGGAAGCAGGAGCGUCGGCAGCAAUGAAGGGCCCGAGCCGCCUGCUCCGCGGCGGGGAGGAAGCCGCGCAGGGAGCCGCGGCAGCGAGCCACGGGGGCCUACUGCCAGAUGAGAGAGAAUUUCAAUAUGCUGCUAAAAUGAACAAUUUGGAUACCAUGGAAAAGCUAUUUAAAAAGAAUGUUGACAUAAAUGCUGUAGAUACUCUGAAGCGCACAGCGUUGCAUUUUGCUGUUGCAGGAGGCCAUGUGUCCAUGGUGGAUUUUCUUCUUCAUCACAAAGCUAGACUUGACAUGGCAGAUCAGUUUCUGCCUUUGUAAUUUUAUUUGACGCACGGCCUGACAGUGAUUCAUCUUGCAGCCUGGACUGGAAAUCUGGAUAUAAUGUGAAAAUUAGUUAAAGCAGGUGCUGAUCAAAAGGCUAAGAAUGAGGAAGGAAUGAACGUACUACAUUUUGCAGCUCAGAGCAACAGCAUUAAAAUAGUUGAUUAUUUCCUCCAAGAUCUUAAUGUGAAUGACUUGAACAAACCUGAUGGGAAAGGUAAAAAGCCAUUUCUUCUGGCCUCUGAAAAAGGCCAUGUUGACAUGAUAAAAAAUUUGAUUGCUCUGAAGCUAUUUACAUCUGAAAAAGACAAAGAGGGAAACACAGCAUUGCAUUUAGCAGCCAAAAAUGGUCACAGUGAAGUUGUGGAAAUUCUACUUGAACAAUGGGAGGAAAUAAAUUACCUCAAUCAGAAUGGAGAAACUCCAUUUUACUUGGCUGUUGAAGGAGGUCAUGAAAAAUGUGCUGAACUCUUACUGGAGGCAGGGAGUGAGAUUAAUGUUUCAACACAGAACAAUAGCAGUGCUUUGCAUGUUGCAAUACAGAAUGGACAUUUAUCCUUGGUUACUUUUCUUAUUGAUAAGAAUAUUGACCUGGUUCCUAAAGCUGAGCAGAAGAAUUCCCCUCUCCAUUUAGCAGUUCUCAGUAAUAAUCUACUGGUAGUAAAAAGCCUUUUGGAUGCCAAUCACAACAUAAACUGCUCAAAUCACAGGCAGGAAACCCCUCUACAUCUGGCAGCUGAUCUUGGCAAUGUGGAGUUGGUGGAAGUCCUGCUGAAGUCAGGCUGCAAUCUCAAGACCAUGGAUAAGCAUGGGAAAACUGCACUAGCCAUAGCAUCACGGAACCAUCAUGCCCUCAUUGUAGAUAUGAUCAUUAAAGCAGAAAGGUAUUUUGCCAUGAAACAGACACAUCUAGCUCAUAGUGGUAAUGGGUCAGACCUCAGCGUGUCCUUCAAACAAGAUCACAGCACACAGACCAAGCAAACCCAUUCCUCCCUUUGGAAUCUAGCAUACAACCAGUUAAAACCCCAUGAAUGGAAAAAACUGGCUGUGUUCUGGAAGUUCACAGAUGAACAAAUUAAAGCUAUUGAAGAACAGUGGACAGGGAAAAAAAGUUACAAGGAACAUGGGAACAGAAUGUUGCUCAUCUGGUUACAUGGUACACUGCUGGCUCAUCAGAAUCCCGUUAAACACCUGUAUGAAGAUCUGGUAGAAGCAGGACUUCAGCCUUUAGCUGAAACGAUCAGAGCGUCAAUUAGCAUGGACUCCAGGAAAUGUGUCACUUCAUAAGUUCAUCAACAAAACAUGGUAUAUAUCAUGCAAUUACAUGCCAGAUGGAAACUGGCUUUCAAAUAUCUUUUUGGGAAACAAAAAUCUUAUUUUGAAGUUGAACAACUUUUUCCACCCUAGAAGAACUUGCACUCUUAAAAUGGUUACUUUUUUCUCAUGCUUGCUAAAUAGAGAUGUAAAAAAUUUAAGAAUAAAUGGCUGACUGGUAGCUUAAAACUGCUAAGCAAGAUUCAUCACUUAAAAUUUCUAUACCUGACCUAACUGCAAAUUAAGCCACUUUGUGUUUGAUGUAAAGUGUAAACAAGAUAUUUUCUACAUGAAAAAAAUUAAAUUUAGUAAGUGAAAGUUAUGUGUAUAAAUCAAUUAACACCUGGCAAAAAAGUUGGCAUCUGGCCUAAUUUGGGAUUCAGGUUUUAUAAAUUCUUGCUAGGAUUAUGACAAAUCUUUCUACUGCAGCAUUUUGUGUACUCAAGAAACACAAAAAUGUCAUGUGUAAACACCACGGGUGGCUGGCUGCAGAAUUUUCUAUCAUGGCGUAAUACUGUAUACAUACCCUCAAAGGAGCAUUUGAUAAUUAAUACUUCAUACAUCUAGCAAUUAUUUACUUAGUUCUUGUUUAUAUCUUGAAUUAAUACUUGGCAGCAUCCUGCUGAAUAUGUUUAAUGGCUUUCUUAUUACCAAAUAUAUUUAAUAUCUGAAAAAUUAUGUAAAUGUCUAUCUUAGUGAUCUUUAUAACAUAGCAAUAGUUUUAUCAUGUAAUGGAGGAAUUGAAUUGCAUUUUCUGUUUGCAUAUAGCUAGCAUUAUUUUGUACUGAAUCUUACUGUUUGUACUAAAAAAGUGAUCUGUAUCUUAGUCUGAAGUCUUAUGCCAAACUUCCCUCCUGUUUGCAACCUUCUUUGACUCUGCUGCAGAGCAUCCCAGGAAUACGAAGAAUAGACCACUAAAUUGUAAGGUUUUGGAAUUAGGGAUCUAAAGUACAGAUGCUUGGAACCCUACAGUAUUCGUCAAGUUCUGCAACAUUAGCUUGCAAAAUGAAAAUGUUUAAGAAUUUGAUGGACUGGUACCUCACCUAGCAUAAACUGGAGCCUGUGGUGUGAAGGAUGCUACCCUGCUGUUCUCCAUUUAAAUACAGCAUAUAAUUAAAGUGCAUGUCAGUUACACUUACUUGCAUAAGCAACUAAAAGUGUUUGUAAGAAAAAAAAAAUUCAUUUUCUCUUGAACAUAGAUGUUAGUAUCAUUUGGAUUAAACAAGAGAUUCAGACAAAAA